CACACACAACACCCCCCCACCAACUACUUAUUUAGACACCGCCCACCACUUCCAAUAGGCCAUUAGAUCUCUUCACACCCUCACCUGACACCUCCUCCUCCUCCACCAUCUUCUUCUUCUUCUUCUUUUGCUUUCAAAUUCUCACUCCAAAGUUCUUUCUUCUUUUCGAAACAAUAAAAACCAAAAACCAUUCUACCCCAGUCACCAAAAUGCCUGAAAAAGCUUUAGAGAUCCAACCAAUUACUAUUACAACACCCACUCCAAACUCACCAAUGGCCACUCCUCCUCCUCCACCACCCUGUCGCACUUCAGCAACUCCAGACUCACCAAUAAUGACCACUCCUCGUAGAAGAGCUCUUCACAGACUCACGGGUUUCACCCGCUCUUUGAGUUGCAGGAGGAAGAGGGCACCAAGUGGACGUAGGAUGUGUCCCGUUGACCAACAGGAUGACUUCCAGCAAGCAAGCACUCACUGUCUCACAUCUUACUACAGUGUGUUUGUCGUUCGCCUUGCUAUCAUGAUUAUGCUUGCCAUUCUGAUUGGCAUGUUAACUGUUCUAACAUGGCAUUUCACUAAAGUUUACACUACUAAAUCCCUCGACACUUUGGCUUAUGGGCUCCGUUAUGAACUUCUACAACGACCCAUCUUGCGUAUGUGGAACAUAUUAAACUCCACAUCUGAAAUUACCACUGCCCAAGUCAAGCUGUCUGAGUAUGUCUUGAGAAAAUACAGUAGUCCGGUGACUCAGGCGAAUCCGACGUCUCAGGCACAACUAGUUGAGCUCUAUGAAACCAUGAAGGCUGUAACAUGGUCACUGUUUCAAAGCCGUAAAGCACUUAAUGCAAUAACCAUAAACUAUAGAAAUGGUUUUGUUCAGGCGUUCCAUAGAGAUCACAGGAGUAACAACACAUUCUACAUUUACUCUGAUCUCUCAAAUUAUUCAAUCAGUGCAGGUAUGUACUCACGUCAAGGUUGGAAUGAUCAAUCCAUAAAAGGCAAUAUUUCUGCCAUUUGGUAUCGAGAACCACUUGAUCCCAACACGGGGAUCAAGAUUGGCAAAGCAAAGCCUAUCCCUGCAGACGAUCUUAUCAAUAUUGCAGGCCUUUCACAAGUGCCUGAUGGUGCGGCCACGUGGGAUGUUGCAGUUAGCAAGUACACUGAUUCACCGCUGCUUUCAGCAGCAUUACCAGUUUUUGGCCCUUCCAAUCAAAGCAUUGUGGCUGUUGUGGGUGUCACCACAGCACUUUCUAGUGUAGGCCAGCUUAUGAAAGAGCUGGUAGAAGUGCACAGUGGCCACAUAUAUUUAACUUCCCAGGAGGGUUACUUGCUAGCCACGUCAACUAAUGCUCCAUUGUUAGCAAAUACAUCAAUGGGCCCGGAGCUUGUGAUGGCUGUUGAUUCUCAAGACCAUGUGAUACGAAAAGGGGCAAGGUGGCUGCAGGCGAUUUAUGGAAAUAAGCUUCCUCCUGGCCACGUUGUCCACAUUGAGCAUGCUAAACUGGGAAAGGAGGAUUACUACAUAGACUCCUUCUUUCUGAACCUGAAGAGACUGCCCAUUGUGGGUGUCAUCAUUAUACCACGGGAAUACAUAAUGGGGAAGGCUGAUCAGAGAGCCUUCAAAACUCUAAUUAUUUUGAUAUCUGCAUCAGUAUGUAUUCUCAUCAUAGGAUGCUUAUGCAUUUUGAUAUUGACAAAUGGAGUCUCCAAGGAAAUGAAAUUGAGAGCAGAACUAAUUAGUCAUUUGGAUGCAAGAAGAAGGGCUGAGGCCUCCAACAACUACAAAAGCCAGUUCCUAGCAAACAUGAGUCAUGAACUUCGAACACCAAUGGCGGCCAUUAUCGGCCUUCUGGACAUCGUGAUAACUGAUUCAAGCCUUGCCAGUGAACACUAUGCUUCUUUGACUCAAAUAAGGAAAUGCUCCUUGGCUCUACUGAGGCUGCUGAACAACAUAUUGGACCUGAGCAAGGUGGAAUCUGGAAAGCUGGUCUUGGAAGAAGCUGAUUUCAACUUGGGCCAGGAACUGGAAGGAAUUGUUGACAUGCACUCUGUGCAGUGUAUAAACCAGGAUGUGGAGUUAGUUUUAGAUCUCUCUGAUGAUAUGCCAGAGACAUUCCGAGGCGACUCUGCUAGAUUUGUAGAGAUAUUUUCAAAUCUUAUUAGCAACUCUAUUAAGUUCACAAAAUCGGGUCAUGUUAUUGUCCGCGGAUGGUGUGAGAACUGGAAUGCUUUUGAAGAUUCCGGGAAGUCUCUGCUUGAGCAGAAAAAAUCAUGGUGUGCUCUUAGAUCGAAGUUCAAGCAGCAGACUAAUUAUGUGAAGAAGACCUGCAAAAAGGAAAACAAGAUGAUUCUUUGGUUUGAAAUUGAAGACACAGGCUGUGGAAUUGAUCCAGCCAAAUGGGAAACUGUAUUUGACAGUUUUGAACAAGCUGAUGCCUCAACCACUCGAAAGCAUGGUGGAACUGGUCUUGGACUAAGCAUUGUGCGAACACUGGUGAACAAGAUGGGUGGAGAAGUAAAAAUUGUUAAGAAAGAUUCUCCAGGAAUUUUAAUGCGAUUAUACUUGCUUCUCAAUACACCUUCAGAUGGCAGUGAGCAGAGCUGCCAAGUUGACUUUUCAAAACCUACUGUGGUGGUGCUUGCUUUAGGUGGUAGCGUGGGAAGAGGGAUUACGUCGCAGUGGCUGCGCAGGAACAAAGUGUCCACCAUAGAAGCAAGUGACUGGAAGCAGCUGACACUAAUUCUUCCGGAACUCUUUAAUCCCACAAAUGAGUGCAAUGGCUCAGAGGAACAGCCUUCAUUAAGUGAACCGUUGGAAGAGGAGCAACCUUUAUCAAGUGAGGAACAGCCUUCACUAAGUCAAACAUUGAAAGAGGAAAUACUAAACAUAAAAGCCAUGAAGGAUCAAGUUUUCAUCAUUGUGGUUGAUAUAGGACUUCUUGAUUUUAAGGCUGGUAUAUGGUUGAGUCAACUUGAUUACCUGGAUCAAUUUACGGGGAAAGCAAAAUUCGCCUGGACGCUAAGCCAUAACAGCUCAAGUAUGGUGAAGGCAGAGCUUAGAAAGAGAGGGCAUGUAAUUGUGGUUAACAAACCGCUCUACAAGACAAAGAUGAUCCAAAUCUUGGAAGCUGCUUUACAGGGGAGGACUCUGGAGAUAGAGAUUUGUUCAAGUGACGGUGGAGCUUCAACAAAUAAAGCUCUUGUUGAUUGUGACAUUGCUGAUGCUUUAGUCCCUUUGAGUCUGGGAGACAAAAUAGAAAGACUCAUUAAUUCCAGACCAACUCGAUACCAGGAUUUCAUAAACCACCAUAUUGAGUUCACUGAUCAAAAUCCUGAACCAAGUAAUUCGAGCACAGAUUCAGAAAAUCAAUCUCAGAGCAGCCCAAAAUUACCUGACAAUGGACUUGAGAGUGGAAGGAGUAAGUCAAAGGGCAAGGAAAUAGCUUCCACUUCCGAUGAAAGUCAAAAUGGAAGUCCAACAUCCAAGAGGCAAAAAAUGGUCAGCAGUCCUCCAAAAGAGAAAGGUAGUUCAUCAUCAAGCGGAUGUGAUGAAGAAAAACUCCGGGGCUUGCAUAUACUAGUUGUGGAAGAUACAUUACUACUCCAGAUGGUAGCAGUUAAAAUUCUGCUCAAGGCGGGCGCAACAGUUAACGCUGUGUCAGAUGGAUUGCAGGCAGUGGAAGCGAUGACAAGCAUGAUCGAUUCACUGGUGAGAAGGAAUGAAGCUGUCAAGAAAGGACUAGAACCAGAGCCUUUAAAGAGCCCACCAUAUGACUUGAUACUAAUGGAUUGCCAGAUGCCAGUGAUGGAUGGAUACGAAGCUACGAAAGAAAUAAGGAGAAUGGAAGAGGGAACUAGGAUGCACAUCCAAAUUAUUGCUCAAACAGCCCAUGCAAUGUCAACGGACAGAGAAAAAUGCUUGGCAGUGGGGAUGGAUGGGUAUCUUACAAAGCCACUUCAGGACAAGAUAACGGUUGAGACCAUCAUGAAGCAUCUGGGCAGGAGCAUUGAUUAAGUUUUGACGGCCAUGGGAAAUAGAAGCUAACAAGUAACUAACAAGAAGAUGAAGAAGAAGAAGAAGAAGACCAGACCACCUUACCUAUCUGAACUACUAUAGUAGCUGAAAAAAUGUACAUUGGUUUGUUUCAGGAUUAUGCCUGUUUAGAACCUUUCAAUUUCAGCUACUGUUGUUGAACUUCUAUUUAGUGUAAGUCAGUGGGUUGUAAUGUUGGCCAUAU